AUGAAUUCGCUGGUGCUCUUUGUCAUGGCGAGAUCGCCCCGCGGUCGGAAGUCGUCUCACAACGUGUAUGCCGCCAGUCUUGCCUUUUCCGAUCUCAUGGUUGUGCUCAUCGAGUGCCCAAUGAUCUAUGCACAGUUCCUGUUGCCUGGCGAUGUCUCGAAGAUAAUCUUCAACCCAAAGACAUUCUGGGUUUGCAUCAUGUCUUUUUACUUCAACUCCUUUUUCGGUACUGCCUCAAUCAUGACCCAGCUGGCACUCAAUAUCGACCGUUACUGCAUGAUCAUCCACCCGCUCACGACAAGGGCAUUCGCGACGCCCACGAACACUCGAGCUGGGUUUAUUCUGGUGCUGGUUUGGUCGAUAUCGAUGAUUCCACAAUUUGGAAACAUCUUCCUCUUAAAAGGGGUAGCCAGUGAAUCAUACGAAAUGCAUGGUGGAAGAAGUGUAUACCAGGUCAACUUUUGUAUAAGCCGCAAACCUAGUGAUAAUCCUUACACGCCGCACGUUUACACCGCAACUGUCUUUACAAUCUUCUAUCUAUCAACACUGGUCACAACUAUUGGUCUCUACAUUAAAAUGGUGUUCUCUCUGAGACAAAGAAAACCAACUUCAGCAGCCGCAGAUGAUCGAAUAUACUCCAUAUACACGCGGAGAGACUCGGUGCGCGUAAACCGCCAAAAGGUUCACCGUGCAGCUUCGCGAAAUAUUUUGCGGAUAAUGGGUUGUUCUGUGCUGUCUUACUGCUUCUGCUACUCUAUCUACUUCUACAUCAACCUGUACUAUAUUUAUUUUGGAUUCUUGAAAAGCAACGGGUUCUCGCUGUUCGUUAUCGCGAACCUUAUGGGCGCGUUCAACGCGCUUGUGAAUCCAACAUUGUUUGCUUGUUACAGCGACGAAUUUAAGAAAAUGGUGUUCGCAAAGAUCGGUUGCUGUGGGCCGAAGAGGGGAAACGCGCAAUCACUACGAUCCAGUUACCGGAACUCGAGUGAGAGUGUUCGAUGCGCAUCCGUGUAUCAAACUUCCUCGAACUCGUCGGUCGUUAGCACUGCGACGUCGAAUAAUGGUGUUUUGCCGACUCGAAGUCAGACUAGUACACAUUCUGAGUCAACAACAGUGACAGAGACAGAGGCCUAG